AGAUUCAAUGAAACUGAAAAAUGUUUCAUUUAAUCUGUAAUACUGUUUUACUUUUUAUCACUAAUCACUAUAUAAACACAGAUUAAUUGAAACAUUUAAUUUGUAGUAGAAACUUAUUUAUUACAUUUCUCAUUCGAAAUUCUUAAACAUAGCUAAUUAGAAAACAUAAUUUAUCUAAGUAUAUUAAAUUGUUAUCCUUUAACAUUAAUUUAAUUAAAUGUAAGUUAUAAUGAUUAGAGUUAUAACGUCGAGAUUUGAUAAUUACAUAUUUUCUUUUGGUAGCUUUAAAUUCCUUCAUUGCUAUUCUACACCAACUAAUAAAUUAAAAAAAAAUUAUUAUCAUCUUCAGAGUGCAAGACUAGUAUUUCCACAGGCAAUGUCUUCAAGAGUAAUGCCAAUCAUGGAUAUAAAUUAUUCAAAAUUGUUAUCUUUGAUCAAUUUAAAAACAUUAAUCAUAGAUGUACGUGAAAAAGAAGAAAUUAAUUCAUCUGGUACUUUACCAAAUAGCAUUAAUAUUCCCUUAAAAGAAGUAGAUACAGCACUAUCACUUACAGAUGAAGAAUUUGAAAAACAAUACAAUGUCCCAAAACCUAAUCUAAUAGAAACUGAAAUUAUAUUUUCUUGUGCAGCUGGUGUUAGAAGUUACAAAGCAGCUACAAUAGCAAAAGGAAAAGGGUUUACAAAAAAUCUAAUACACUAGGCGUGGACUGGUAACGGGAGCAUGGGGAAAUUGCCCCCUGGCAUCGCAGAUAUCCUGACUUAUACAGUUUUCCAGAUUUGUGGCAACCCUGAUUAUGUAUGUUACCAUUUGAAAAAAUAGAGUUGUUGCCUUUUUAAGAUAUAAUGAAUGAACAUAAAACUACUUUAUUACUAAUGAAUUGAUAAAAACAUGUAACUAAAAGAAAUUUAAAAAGCAUUACCAAUAUUAUUUUUAUUUUUUGAUUAAAUAAGUGGUUCAUAAUAAAAUUAUCAUCUUGCAUACUGGGGCAGAAUACUUUCCUAAAUAUUUUGGCAAUACUUUUUAAUAUUAUUGUCUAACCUAAAAAUAUUAUUAAUUAAUCUAUAUCGUGCAAUUUAUAAUAUUAAAUAAAUUGAGUCUGCAAUACUCGAGAAUUUUGAGAAAUGUACAUUUAAAUUCAAAAAUAAAUACUUCUAGUUCUAUAAUAUAUACUUGGCAUUUUUCUAAUUUACAACAUAAUUAGCAAUACUUCACAAAAAAAAAAUUAGAAUUUUAUAACAAGAUUUAAAAUUUUUGAGUAUAAACUUUAAUUCUCUUGGACUGAGUUAUAUUUUAUUUAAUGAAUAAAAUGUAAAAUAACUUUUAUAUUUGAUACAAUCAUUCAAAAAAGUUUUCUGACCAAGUAUGUGACCUUAUGUAUAUAUCAUUAAAAUCAUAAAAUAAACUCACAGCGUGUACCUUUAGCCCUUGCUUCAGCUGCAUCUGAAGCAGCAACAAAUGUUCUUUGAAGCUUUCCUUUUCGUUUUUCUCUAAGAUCAUCAGCUAAACCUUCAGCAAGUUUUUCAAUAAGUAGCAUUGUUUUUUCUGGGUACCUUAGUUUAAUGAAUAAAAAUAUAAAACUAUAUUUACUUCCUUUAAUUUAUCAAGAUUUAUUACAAUUUGAAAAUCAUAAAAACGAUUAACUUACUUGCAUCCCAAGAAUUCAACAUUAAAAAAUACUUGAGCUAGACACACUAAUCUAUCUUCUGGAUAUUUGUCUUUAUGUUCAACUAAAAAUUGUCGUCUAAAUUGCCAAUGAUCGUCAUUCUCAAAUUCAGACUUAUAUUUAUCAACGUCCCAUGAUGUGUCAAAACUCAUAAUUAUUAUACUCGUUAAAAACUAUUCAAAUUUAUAAUGAUUUGUUUAUAUAUAUAUGCAAAAAAAUUACUUAUAUCGUAUAAUAUGUUAAUUAAUUCAUACUAAUACAUUCAGAACAUAAUAAUUUUCAGUACUAUUUUAAAUAUAAUUAAUAUUUUUUCCGAUAACAAAAAUAUAUGAUGAAAUUAUUUUAUUUUAACCUCAAUUUUGGAAAAUUGUUUACAUUUUGUUAAAGAUAGCUUUAUAGAUCUAUCACAGAUAAGAUCUGUAGAUCUAUCAUUUUCAAACGUGGAUGGCGGCAUUGCUACAACUAAUCAAUACUACGAAUAUACAAUUGCCAUGAAUUUAUUGCUAUAAUUACAGCAAUAGACAUUCGAGGCACCGAAUAUUCGAAGUAAUGUUACUCUUGAUUAUGACUUAUUGUAUAAAUGGUAGCAACAUUUUUAAAAGUGAUCGCGAAUUAUUGACAGAGCCAAAUAUAAGACCUAUGUGGGAUCCCGUGCGUCACUCUCGAAAUUUCACUCCCACUAUGGAAAAUAUCGCCAUCACAUAAAGGUGAUGAGAAGAAACCAGAAAAAUUAAUGCCACUAAUCGUGACAGGUUAGAAAAAUUUGUAAAGGUUCCUUCAAGCUCUUGGACUUUG